CGCCUCCCCGCGCCCCGGUCUGGGAUGCUUUUAGCGCAAGAGACGCCUCCACUCAGGGCAGCCUAGUGGACCUCGACGCUGAUCGUCUUCACUCUUUUCGUUCGUUGUUGUCAUUUUUGAAACACGAGGACAGCCCCCCCCCACGACCACCACCACCACGCAACUCCCUCCCCACAUAUCUCCGAGCAUUUAUGUUUCUUUCUUCAUGAGUGCUGCUUUGAGGAGCGAGCCUCAGCACCAGCUCCAUCACGGCCAACACUAUGAGAGCCCAGAUCGAAGUUAUACCCUGCAAAAUCUGUGGAGACAAGUCAUCAGGUAUCCACUAUGGAGUAAUUACAUGUGAAGGAUGUAAGGGUUUCUUCAGAAGGAGUCAGCAGAACAAUGCAGCGUACUCCUGUCCCCGCCAGAGGAACUGCCUCAUCGACAGAACAAACCGCAACCGCUGCCAACACUGCCGCCUGCAGAAAUGUCUCGCCCUAGGAAUGUCAAGAGAUGCGGUAAAGUUUGGCCGCAUGUCCAAGAAGCAACGUGACAGCCUGUAUGCAGAGGUCCAGAAGCACCAGGCGCGGCUGCAGGAACAGCGGCAGCAGCAGACAGGCGAAGCAGAAGCUCUGGCGCGUGUUUACUCAUCCAGCCUAACCAACGGACUCUCCACCCUUAACCAUGAGAUCGGGGGCACCUACGCCAAUGGUCACGUCAUUGAGCUGCCCAAAGGCGGCCAUGGUAAUGGAGGCGGAGUCCCAGGAGGCUACUAUGGGAUGGAUUCCACCCAGCCGUCUCCAGACCAGUCGGGUUUGGACAUGUCGGGCAUGAAGCACAUUAAGCAGGAGCCCGUGUACGACUUGACGCCAGUGCCCAACCUGCUAUGCUACGGAGGCUACCAGGACAGUCAGUUGGGGCCCAACAACGUCAGCAUGGGAGAGCUGGACCGUAUCGCUCAGAAUAUCAUCAAGUCCCACUUGGAGACAUGUCAGUACACAGCAGAGGAGCUGCAGCAGCUAGCCUGGCAGACACACUCCUACGAAGAGGUCAAGAUGUACCAGAGCAAGCCCCAGGACGUGCUGUGGCAGCAGUGUGCCAUUCAGAUCACCCAUGCAAUCCAGUACGUGGUGGAGUUUGCCAAGCGCAUCUCAGGGUUCAUGGAACUGUGCCAGAAUGACCAGAUCCUCCUGCUCAAGUCAGGUUGUUUGGAGGUGGUCUUGGUGCGGAUGUGCAGGGCGUUCAACCCUCUCAACAACACUGUGCUGUUCGAAGGGAAGUACGGAGGCAUGCAGAUGUUCAAAGCUCUAGGUUGUGACGACUUGGUGAGCGCGGUGUUUGACUUUGCCAAGAGCUUGUGCUCACUGCAGCUGACGGAGGAGGAGAUAGCUCUGUUCUCAGCAGCUGUACUAAUUUCAACAGAUCGGCCAUGGCUGAUGGAACCGAGGAAGGUCCAGAAGCUCCAGGAGAAGAUCUACUUUGCUCUGCAGCACAUUAUGCAGAAGAACCACAUGGACGAAGACGCUCUGGCUAAGCUGAUCAGCCGAAUCCCAACGUUGUCGGCCCUGUGCACUCUCCACACCGAGGAGCUCCAGGCCUUCCAGCAGCUCCACCCGGAAACAGUCAACGUCCUCUUCCCUCCACUCUACAAAGAACUCUUCAAUCCCGACCCCAACUCUGCCAUGGCCAUGCCCAAGUGACUGCCUGUGGCUCAAAUGCAACAAACGGAGCCAGCGCCGGACCAAGAAAAUAAGACCACAGCCACAUCUGACGACACGGCAGUGUCUGCUAUGUCAUCAUCGUGUCAGCCGUAUAUUCCUGAGCUUUGCCAACCCCAUGUCAGGCCGGGGGGUGAGGAGUCAUCUGCCAGAAACUUACAGUUACCGCCAACAACAAUAGGAAUGUCCAGCACUUAUCCCAUCCUGUUCACCGAUACAGGCUGAAGAAUGUAUAUAUAAAUGAAACACGCCCCAAGCCACAGACCUGAGCGGGGCUUCCUCCUGUCUACUGAACUGACUGACCUGAAAUGUACAGACUUAAAAAGAUCUUGGAACAAUUUUAAGCUGUCAAUCUUUAAGAAAAAAAAAUGGGUAAGUUAAUUUGAUUUAACUUAGAAAAAAACUCUCUUUUGUUUAUUGAUUUUUUUUCACAUGACAACAUUGUGAAGUUGAAGAAGCUGGAUGGGGAAGGGAACGGUCGAUUUAGAGAAGCUAUUGUAGAUAUUAUUCUAGUGCAGAGCGGAUUCCAGUAUUACUUCUUGUUCUGUUAAGUUAGUCCUAAUUUAAAUAUACAGUAGCCGACUGUGGCUGACUAUACCUUGUCUAUGUGUUUUAUUUUAUUUGAUAGUUUCUUGUGUACAGAAUUUGUAAAGUUGAGACCUGUAAAAGAAUAUUGGUUAAAAACUGGGAGCCAAUUUUGGGUUUGUUGAUAUGCAGAAGCCUUGUCUGGAUUUUGUUCAAAUGUAAAGAAGGUACUACAUCCUUCUGACGAGAACCUAUAGAAAUGUAAAAAGAGCAUAUGAAGGAUUUAAAAAGAAAAUAAUGGCUACUACUUUUCAUGGUGGACAUAUAUACGUAAAUAUUCUAUUUUGCAAGAAAAAAGAAUCUGGCAGAUUUGCCGUCCUAUCAAUCAUCUUUUCCUCGCUGCAAUAAUUAUGUCCAAUAAAAGAUGGACUGCUUUCGAACAAUCAACCAGAGCAACCAAUCAGAAACAAGGACCUCACACAACUCUUACCAAGGUCUCCUCCCCCCGCCCCUUAUUUCUUAUGUAUCAGGGCCUUGAUAAAACAUUUCAGAUAGAAGUGGACAGAAACUCCAACAAAAAUGUUUCAAUUAUAUAAUAAAAGACAAACUUGAUUUUAACUCACAACUUUCCAAUAUUCAACGUGUGUAUGAGCGCUUUAAUGACCUCAUCCCUCAAAACACUAUUUGCACAAUCCAGUCCAUGGAUGUCAGUCACUCCGGGCUGUAAAUAUAUGAAGGACCCUUCUCUUUCUAAAGAGCAAUAACUUUCACACUGCCUUUCUGAUCUUACUGCUCUUCUUUCCUCCUCUUCCUCCUCUCAGCGGUUUAGAACAGGGUAGCAGUUUUAACUAGAAUGCACUAUAUUUGACUCUUCAUCAUUAAGUAUGUUGAACAAUCAUCUCUGUGGAUGGAUUUGACUCCACCACAGGAGUGGCACGAUAUGAUCUGGGGUUCACGAUACAAAGCACUGACUGAAAAAAAUGCCAAUUAGCCUCCAAUGAUCUUAAGUGGCAUUUAAAGCUGCAAUAUUGCAUUAAGGAUUCAUACAGGAGGAGCUGUGAUAGACAAUCACUUUCUGCUUUUUUUUGUUGCAAACUCCAUAAUUAUUAGCACCAACAGACAGACUAAUCGUUUUUGUCGCUUUUUCUACAUUUAAGUUAUGUUGAUUGGCAUUUGGCUGCUGUGUAAAAUAACACUGGUUUUUACUGGGUUAUUAAUCCAUCUGAUCAUCUCAUCAUCAUUAUCCUUUGUUGUGAAGGAACCAUUUCACAUUUUAUAAGUUUGUGCAGUUCUCCAUUCCGCCACUAGAUGUGAUCAUAUUGCAUUUGUGACAGUGAAGAAGCUGCCUUUUAAAAUAAACUAUUUACAAAAAUUUAUAAAAACUAUACAAUAUUAGCACAAAUUUAUUCUGCUGGUGUUACAUUUACAGAUUUCUACCAAAACAACCCCAAUUUAGUUUUUCUUCUGUGGAACAACAAACAUCUAGAGCUAUUAAAGCACUACAAGUGUAGAUCUUUGUUCAGUUGUAUGAUGUUUGCAAAUGUUCAUUGCACAGUGGCCAAAGCUCUAAAUUUCUACUGGCACAGACACAGCCACUCCAGUUAUGCAUUCAUUAAAAAAGUGUCUUCUCCAUGUGGAGGGCAAAACGAUGUUGACGGCAUGGGAAACGAGCAUCAAUAUUAAACACGAGGGAUCAGCUCGCAUGCAUCUGUUCCCGGCCGUGUCAGUGAUCCCUUCAUAGGUUCCUUCACUCAACCCCUAACACAAACCCCAGAUCAGAGGCCAGUGUCUCUUUAAGACAAUCACUUGCUCAUUAAGGCUCGAUGCACUACACAGCAUCUCUCAGGGAGCAGCUCUUUUUCUGACUUUGCAUUAAAAGAGGGUUUAAUAUUUUUGCAAAUUAAAUACAAAUUUAAUUAUACAAGAAUAACUUUUUAGAAGAAACUUGGCAUACUGUGUGCCGCCGACGUAUGCCUGCGAUGGAAUCUGCCCAGACAAGGCUUUGAUCAGUGUGUGUCUGUGUGUAUGUGUGUAUAGAGCAUGAAUUCACUGUCCGAAUCUCUUAAGAGCCCAGACUAUAUGACAAGCACUGUUGCGUAGCACAAGAAAAAAAAACUAUAUAAAUAUAUAAAUACACUGUAUGUCAGUGUGCUCUUGUCACCACGGUACACUCAUGUUUACUGCUUAUUUUGCUGCUUUCGGGACAGUGAGGGACGUCCAAUAGUAAGCUGUGAAUCAAGCGCCAUCACGACACCCCUGGGACAGUGAAUUCCAACUCUGAAUAUGAAGUUCUUGUGUGUGAUGUGUUUAUUUUCCCUUGUUAGACUGUGAAUCAGAGGGGUGGGAUGGGGUUGUGAGAAGGGAUGUGCUGGCAAGAACGAGUGGCAACGCAACACUGUAAGUAAGAUACUGUAGCAAUAAGAACUGGAGGCAUUUACUACUGUCAUGUUUGCAUUGUAAGAUUAUUUUUUAUUUUAUUACUAUUUACUAUUAUUAUUGUUCUUAUUAUGACUACUAUUCUUCUAUUACUAUUAGCCUAUUGUUGUUCUGUUCUAUUUGCAUGACGUUUCAGUACAAUGAAACAUUUGGGGCUUAUUUGUGUUUUCUCUUCUCAUGAUAUUGUGGGUUUGGUGGGAGGGGAUGUUGGCAGGGUGGGCGAUGGGUUUCAGGGCAAAUUCUACAACAGUUCAAAGGAACCUUUUUUCACUAGCUGAAAGAAUUUUUAAAUAAAAUGCUCUUAUUUAUGCACAAACAAUUUAAAAACGUGUUGUUGGAUUUGAAAUGUUUUAUUUCUCAACCUGUGAAUGUGAGAGUUGGUUUAACCAGUCAAUGAACAGCCCCUUUUUUUUUGAACUGGCCUUAUUAAACCGGAUCAGAGACCCUUAACCUGCAGCGGGAGGGGACAAUGUGGGGAGGGUAACCUAUUCUGAAUGUUAUGGAGUAGCCUGUUCAGUGUGAGGGGCUGAACACAUCAUGCGCCUUUACCACUCCAUCGACACAGACUGACAUCAGAGCGCAAAGUAAAACGAGACGUCAUUUUAUGUGACGGCCCAGGCAAAUUGCGCAAGACAUUUUUAAUACACUUGGUUUUAAAUGCAUUUCUUACACUUAAGUCAAAUACACUUCACCCUAACCACCUACUCCCUCUUCUGAGAAAACCGGUGUGAAUGUGUGCGUGUGUGUGUGUGUGUGAGAGACAAAGAAACAGAGAGAGAGUGAGAUGAUGUUUGCUCUAACAAUGCUUUGUAAACUUUCUUGAUGCAUUACACAUGCGUGCAAUUGGAGUAGUGUUGAAAACUGUUAAUUUAUUGUUUAGAAUGUCUUUGCAUCCCAGCAAGAGCAAAUAAAACAAAAUGUAGCAAUCUGUGACCGGAACCUGAAAGGUGCUUGGGCUACAGAACCUCUUUUACACAGGACUAACGAAACAAAACAAAAACAAUAAACACAAAAAAUGACUUUCUUUUUGUUUUCAAAGUGCCAUAGCUAGUGAGGAGACAAGGGAUUGGCAGACUGGGGCGUAGAUGCUUUACUGUGCGAGUUUACUUAAGAAACCAAUCAAAAAAAAGGGGAACUCCAUGGAAAAUGUGUAUUUGAUUACACUGAUAAAACGUUUUUUACAUUUUAUGCUUUUUUCAUUUGUUGAGAGGGGGACUCUGCUUGACUCUGAACUCUGACUUUUACUACAUCUCCAUGAGCUCUGCUGUAGAGUUUUCAUUUUCACAGAGACUGAAAGAACACCCACAUAUGAUGGAUCUAGCAGUAAGAGGUUCAGAGCUAUGCAGGGCCCUUUGCUGAGUCCUCCUUUGAGAUGUAUAUACAAUGUGAAGGUCUGAAGUGAUUUUUGUUAAAUUCUAUAUUUUAUCGCUUUUGUAGACAUUUUGUUGUGGGAAGAAAAAAAUAAAAGAAUUUUAUGGGUG